GUGGGAUGUUCGCUUGGGGGUACGGGGUUUUGACCCAUAGCCAUUUAACUUUUUUCGGCUGCCAUGCAAGCGCUGACGCUGAAGGCCCGGGUGGACCUGCUGCGGCCCCUGCCGCUGGGCUCCGCCGCGCGCCUCGCCUGCCUCAGCACCUCCUGGCGCAAGGCGGCGGUCGAGUGGCUGCAGCGGCUUCAGCAGCUGUCUUUGGCGCCCUACAGCCAGCGCGUGGAUGAUGACGCGCUGCUGGCACUGGUCAGGCACUGCGUCUGUCUGCAAGAGGUGAACCUCUGCGGGUGCUGCAUCACGGACCGGGGCCUGCAAGGCUUGCUGCGCUGUGGGAAGUUGUCCUCGCUGAACUUGUCCUGCCUGCCGCGCAUCUCCGCGGACGCGCUGGAGGAGCUUUGCGCGCAGCUGCCGGUGCAGUGGCUGGAGCUCAGUGGCUGCACGGGCAUCCGAGAGGUGGACCUGGUGCGCCGCUUCGGGCGCUUCAUGGACCUGGACGAGGAUGAAGACGGCUUGAACAAAGUGCAGGGGUGACCGGAUCCGGAUCCCCCUGCGAUUUCCAGCCCCUCCGUCCCUCUGUGGAGGUGAAGGGAGAAGAUGGCAUGUGGGCUACAGCCCCCGAGCCGUCAAAGUUACGGCUCGCUCGGGCCUGGCCCCGAUUUUCAGAAGCUCGGCUCGCGAGUUCUAGGGUUGGACUCGGAAUUCUCACCGACUCGGCCAAGCUGGGAAAAUGGGAUCCAUCCUGGGAGCGUGGGAGAGGCGUGCG